AUGACCUUCCGCCACCGUCAUUCUCUUUUGUCAUCUGCAAUAUCAUUAAUAACAACAAAUAAUAAUAAUGACACAAUCGAUAAAGAAACAAUCCAAUGUCUUUGUAAUCGUUUGCAAUCAGCUACACAGUUCGAAGAUCGACGAGAUGCUGUGUUUGGUCUUAAAUUGUUUUCUAAAAAAUGUAAACUUGAAGUUGGAAGAAAAAGUAUGAAAAUAUUAGCAAAUAUUUUACAAGAUGAUCGAACUCAUUCAAAUCUUAUUCAAUUGACACUUGAAACAUUAACCAAUGUAGUUACAUAUGAUGUUGAUAGUGAUGAAGAACAAUCAGACUUAUCAGAAGAUAUUAUUGUUGAAUUAACAGAAAAAUAUAUCGAAAGUGAAGAAAAUGUUUAUGCAGUUCUUGAAUGUAUUACAAAAAGUGAUGUAAAUGUUCGUCGUGCAGCUAUUCAAUUUCUUACUGCACUUCUUAGAAAUUGUACAGAACAAGUACAAAAUAUUAUUUUAAAAAAAAGACGUGAAGGUUUUUUAAAAUUAAUGAAUCUUUUAGACGAUAAACGUGAAGAUAUUCAAAGUGAUACAUUACUUCUCUUUCAAAUCUUAAUUCGUUCUCAUUCGAAUAUCCAACGACUCUUUGUACUUGAACAUGGUUUUCAACGUUUGUCUGAAAUUCUUGUUGAUAGAUAUGGUACUGAUGGUGAUGUUAUUGUCGAAGAUUAUUUAUCGUUUCUAUUGAGUUUAUUCGAAUAUAAUCAAUUAGCGCAGAGUUGUUUUCGUAAAUUCUCUCAAAUUGUGGAUUUAUUUGGAUUUUUUCAAUCUGUUUUAACCGGCGAAAAAUGUUGGUCGACACAAAAAGUAAAAAAUGUUCAUCUUUUUUUACAAAUAAUUCGAACACUUGUAUCACCAACAAAUUCUAUGGAAAAUAUUGUUGCAUGUCAACAUAUAAUAGAGAAAUGGGGUAUAUUACAUUGUUUAUGUGGCGUACUCACACGCACCACUGUUCCUACUGAUGUCUUAGCUGAAAUUAUUAAUACAAUUGGUGAUAUUAUUCGUGGUAAUACUGAAAAUCAACGUGUUCUUGGUCCUAUUAAGAAGACUAUUGUUAAAGUUCAUAAACCAACAUUAUUCAAUCUCAUAUAUACAAUGGUGGCUGAUAAAAAAAAAUUAUUUCAACUUCGAAUAUCAAUACUUUAUUGUCUACAAUGUUAUUUAUAUAAAAAUGAUUUUGGAAAAUUAAUGAUUAUUCAGACACUUUUACCUCAAACAGAAAAUGCUGCUAACCAGACUACAUUAGGUCAUCUAUUAAUCAGCGGUUAUUUAAGUAAUGAUAAUGUUGCAUCAUGGUGUUCCGGUAUUGCACUUGCACAUUUAAUUAAUAGUAAUCUAGAGUAUAAGCAUGAAUUGCUGAAAGUGGUAAUAGCAGUUAAUCAAUCACAAACAAAUAUUAAAACAUUAAUGGAAAUAUCAAUUGAUUUAUUACAAAAUCUAUCGUCUUCAUUUCACAAACGUAUUGCUACACUGAUUUUCUUAUGUACAUGGUUAUCAAAUUGUUCAUUAGCAGUACAAGCAUUAAUUUCAAUUGAAAAUAGCAUCUCAUAUCUUAUUUCACAAAUAUGUAUUGAACCAAGUACAAAUGAACGUGAACUUUUGAUUCAAUCAUUAUGUUCAUUUGCAUUAGGCUUAUGUUUACUUCCUAGUAAUAAUAAUCCGAUACAAUCAUAUUCUACUGAAUCAUUCAAACAAUUAAUAAACAAACGAAUUGGUAUUAAUUUAUUUCAAGAAAAACUAAGAAUAAUAUCAAAAUCUGAAUUUUAUAUAAAAGCUUUAGAAAAACCACAAUUAAAAUUCUUAGUGUCAAAUGAGAUGAUAUUUGAUCAUGAAUUUGCUCAUUUAUAUGAAACUCUUCAAAGUUCUAUAUCAAAUAUAUUAAUCAAACAAGAGAUAAUUUCAACAGAUAAUUCAUUUAUUGUUCCAACAUGA